CCAUCCCACCCCACCCCACCCCAAAACAAAGACAAACGUGCCAGUGGACACCCGGCCCAUCAUUCCGGGCACCUACACCGUCACGGUCAAGAUGGUAGGGGGCCCUGUGUGGGGGGCUUUCCGCGGUCGCACCGAUUUGGUGCUGCAGGCGGGUGGCUAUCCCACCACCUCGGACCCCUCUAACCUGGCGUGUGCUUAUGUGGUCUCAGAGCAGUGCGCCAAAUCGGUGGGCCCCAAGGGGGAGCCCCAGGCCCCCGCAGGCCAGGGCAUCACCAACCACAUCUUUGCCUGUGUGCGGGGCCCAGUCUGGGACCCGCAGCUCUCUCACCUGCACUGUGCCAAGUUUGAGAUGCCCGGUGAGGAGCCCAUGGCGGCCAGGCCUCGCCCUGCCGGUGCUGGGCCGGCUGGCGUGCAGCAGCAGCACAGUGGCGCUCCCGCGCCACGGCCGCCCUUGGAUCAGCAGGCAGCCGCUGGGCAGGAUCAGGAGCAGACCGCUGUGAUGCAGCGGUACUUGGCCGAGCUGGCGGACCUCAAUCUCCAGCGGCAACGGCGGUUACAGGAACAGCAACAGCAGCAGCAGCAGCUGCAGCGCCAGGGGCAGUCGCCCAGGCCCCGGACCGGCUCCCAGGUUGUGGUCCUGGCCACGCUGGGGGGGCAGGCCGGGGCGGGCGGUGGCCCUGGCGUGGCGGCGUCACGGCGUGGGCAACGUGUUGACAUAGUUGACCACGUGGGGGACGUGCAGAUGCAGGAGGCGGCGGGUGUGGGUGACGCAGGGGCUGCCGCUGCUGGCGCCAGCGGACCACCCGCCGUGGCCUCACCCUCGCUGCCAGCUCUGGUGGCGGGGGGAAGCACCCGUUCUGCUGCGGCUACCCUAAGGGCCGAGCGACAGCAGCAGCCCUCUUCACAGCAGCGGGUGGCAGCGGGAGGGCUUAGCGGGGGGCAGCCGUCUGCAGGCGUGGGGGGGCCACCGGCAGUCAGGCGUCGUACUGCCUGUGCUGGGUCGGCUGGCGCGCAGCAGCAGCCCAGUGGGGCUCCCGCGCCACAGCCGCCCUUUGAUCAGCGGGCGGCCGCCAGGCAGGAGCAGGAGCAGACCGCUGUGAUGCAGCGGUACUUGGCCUACAUGGCGGACCUCCAUCUCCAGCAGCAACGGCGGGUACAGCAACAGCAGCAGCAGGAGCAGCAGCGCCAGGUGCAGCCGCCCAGGCCCCGGACCGGCUCCCGGUUUGAGGUCCUGGCCACGCUGGGGGGACAGGACGGGGCGGGCGAUGGCGCUGCCGCGGCGGCGCCCGGGCGUGGGCGACGGGUGCAACCAGCCGCGCACGCACCGCCGCCACCGCUGCAGCAACAGCCCCGCUCCAAAGGGCGCUGUGGCCCCGCCCAGCUCCCGCAGCAGAGGGCAGGGCGCUUGGGCGGCGGGCUGCCUCCCCCGCAGGACGGUGCUAGCUCGCCGCCGCGCGUGCCCACUGGGCGGCCGGCCGGGGGACAGCAGGCUGGUGGGGGCAGCGGGUUGGGGCGCCAGGGUGGAGGAGUGGGGCGGGCAGUGCCCCAGCCGCUACCCCAGGCGCGGCCUCCACUGCAAACGUCACAACCGGCGGGUGGUGGUAAGGGCAGGGGCAGGGGCCUGGGCGCGCCGGCUGGGGCUUCGGCCGACACGGCUGGGCGCGCUGGUGGGGGUGCGGGCAGUGAGGCGGAGUACGGGGCCGUUUGCCUGACCCGGGACACGUGUGUUGCCAUCGGCUCUGACCUCGUGACGCACCAGAACCGCUGCGCAGAUGUGCAGGGGUUUGAGUGGGCGCAGCUGGGCCACGACACGCUUGGUGGCCGCCUCCUCGCCUACCUCCGUGACCAGGGCGCCACCGUACCGGACUGGGCCGUCUGCCGCGUGCCGGCCGGCCGUACCGCCAUCCUGGCACAGCUGCACGACGAGUUCACUGGCUGGUGGCGCCUAUACUCAGCCCAGCCUGCAGACACGCCCCUGCCUUCCGAUGUGACGGAGCAGCUGGAUGACGCCGCGCAGCAGGUGCAGACGGCCUACAUGGACUACGUGCUCCUAAACGCCCGCACCCUGCGGUCCGCUAAGCGUGGGCUUGCGGACCCCGGCGGGGCCAGCGGGCCCAGCCGCCGGAAACGCCAGCACCGCAGCCGCAGUACCUCCAGCCUCAUGAGCCUGGGCAGCGCUCCAUUGCACCCCAGCGGCGCCAGCUCAGUGAAUGUCAACGGCCUGGGCUCGCCGUUCAAGGCGCGGGCGCUGGUCUCGCACCUACAGCAAGUUGGGGCGGAUGUGGCGAUGGUGCAGGAGACCCAUGCUACUGACACGACGGUGCUGGAGUCUUGCCUUCGUGCCGCGCAGGGGGCGUGCCUUCCGUGGCGCCACUGCCUUGCUGCCAGCCCGGCGGCGUCGCCCCACUCCUGUGGGACGGCUAUCCUGGCGCGGAGUCGGCUGUCCCUUCCAGGCUGCGUUCUGCAGCCGCCGUCAACGGAUGCGGCGGGCCGUGUGGUAUGUUGGGAUUGGGACGUGGGUCACCUGCGCCUGCGCUUCGUGUGUGUGUAUGCGCCCACGGCCGUGGCGGACAAGCCUGCUUUCUUUGCCGGGCUGCAUCCCCACCUGGCCUCGGACAGGGUGCUUGUUGUCGGUGGGGACUGGAACUGUGUCACCGAUGCCAGUCAGGAGGGCAGCACCGCCUCACCACCCCUGUGGGUCAUCCAGAUGCAGCCACUGACGUCCUUUCUGCGGCGGCAGGUGGCGCAAGGGGCACUGCGCACGCCCCUGUUACCCAGCGGCGAGCAGGCGCCACCGGCUGCCCACCACGCUGACGACACGACCCUCACGGCGCGCGACCCGGUGGUGGACGGGCCGGUCCUGAUGGCGGCAGUACAGCUGUUCUGCCGCGCGUCCAACGCCCGUGUCCAUCCGGACAAGAGCAAGGCCAUGGGCCUUGGCAGGUUUGCGCACCUGACGGGCCCUUGCCCACACACGGGGGUGCCGUUUACCACUGGCGCCGUGACGCACCUGGGUGUGCCCCUGUCGUGGGACUCGGAUGCGGCUGCAGCUGACUUGUACACCCGGCGGGCUCGCGGCAUGGCGUUUGUGGCGCGUCUGUGGGCUGCCCUGUCUCUGACUCUUGUUGGCCGUGUGCACAUUGCGAAGCAGGUGCUGGCGGCGAAGCUGGCCUACCACUUCAGCUUCCUCAACCCGUCGCCUGCGCAGCUGAAGGAACUCACCGACCUGGUGGACCACUUUGCUGCGCGCUCCAUGCACGCUGAGGACGCCAGCCUGGUGUCGCACGGGAACCCGCUCCUGCUGCCAAAGCGGGAAACGGCCUGUCUGCCGUACAAGGAUGGGGGUGUCAACCACGUCGACCUGCCUGCGUUCCUGUCUGCCCUGCAAGCUAAGACCUUCGCCCUCCUUGCCCAGCCAGGCCGGCAACCCUGGAAGAUGCUCACCCGGGCGCUGCUUACUCAUGUGCGCCCGGACUCCGCCACCACGUGGGCGUGGGUGUACAGCGACGCGCCGGCGCCAGCGGGGCUGCCUGCCCGGCUGGCGGCCGCGGUCGGCCACAUGCAGAGCGCGGGCGUGAAACAGCAUCCACCGCAGCCAGCCACUCAGCCGCCAGCGGCGCCGCCACAGUGGCGGGUUUUUUUUUUUUUUUUUGAGGAAUCAUCCUUACAAGGUUGAACAGGGGCAGACGCGCUGCCCCCCUGCUGCCUGAAAGCAGCCUGGUCCCCGGGACCAGAAACCUGACAGGGCAAGAAGAGGAGAGAAGAGAAGAAAAACAGAA